CGUUUUUCUCUCUCUCUCGUACACUAAAACAUACGCGGAUACACCCACCUGGGAUUGUCCCUCUCUGCAAGCAGAAGACAUUGUACAAACACAUACCAUAUUGUACACAUGCUGCUGAUGAUUUCCACUUCAAAAGUGUGAAUACAAAAUUCUCAGACCCCAAAAGCACAAUUUUUUUAACGCAAGAAAAAAACAACGACUCCCUUUUCUGUAUCUCAAUCCCCUUCUUAGUAACAACACAGAAAAAAAGAUUCAGAUCAAGUUUCUUAUAACUUGAAUGUAAUUGAAGAUCGGUUCAGCAGAUUUUAGAUUAAAAUUUUAGAGUUUUAUGGCUGUUGCUUUAGAAAAUUGAUUUCAGGAUUGGAAUGAAUAAAUGAAUUGAGGUUUGAUUAAUGGGGGUUGAGACAAUGGGGUCUCAAGGUGGUGGUGAUAGUAGUGUCAAGCAGUUGCAAUUCCAGCCAUUGGCACGGCAAAAUUCAAUGUACAGUCUUACACUUGAUGAGGUUCAAAAUCAGUUAGGUGACUUGGGGAAGCCACUUAGCAGCAUGAACCUUGAUGAGCUUCUAAAAAAUGUAUGGACUGCCGAGGCCAACCAGUCCACAGGUUUGGACAUUGAGGACACAGCACAGGCCAAUCAAACUGCCCUGCAGCGUCAGGCUAGCCUGUCAUUAACAAGUGCACUGAGCAAGAAGACGGUUGAUGAGGUUUGGAGAGAUAUUCAGCAAAGCAAAAAUAAUCAAGAAAAGAAGUCUCGGGAACGGCAGCCUACAUUAGGAGAGAUGACUUUGGAGGAUUUCUUGGUGAAAGCAGGAGUUGUGGCUCAAACAUCUUCGGAUAAAAAAGGUGCUGGUCCUGUUGGAAUUGAUCAGAAUGUAGUGCCACAGUUUUCACAGCAAGAUCAGUGGAUGCAGUAUCCACAACCGCAAUAUCAGCAUCCUCAACAAAGUAUGAUGGGGGUUUAUAUGCCGGGCCAGCCUAUAUCACAGCCACUGCAUAUGGGGGCUGGUGCUGUGAUGGAUGUUCCAUAUCCCGACAAUCAGAUGGCAUUAACUUCACCUUUGAUGGGUGCAUUGUCAGACACACAGAUGCCUGGGAGGAAAAGAGGCGCCCCAGAGGACAUGAUUGAGAAGACUGUUGAGAGAAGGCAGAAGAGGAUGAUCAAGAACCGUGAAUCUGCUGCCCGCUCACGAGCCAGGAAGCAGGCUUACACGAAUGAACUAGAGAACAAAGUUUCGCGUCUGGAAGAAGAGAAUGAAAGGCUUCGGAAACGGAAGGUCACUCUGUCUAAAGGAAAUUGACCAACAUGCAGACUAUCAAUGAGAGCUGUUUUCAUUCAUAUAGGAGCUGGAGCAAAUGUUGCCAAUUGUGCCCCCUCCAGAGCCGAGGUAUCAGCUUCGUAGAACAACGUCAGCCCCAUUCUGACAUGUAUUUCUGUAUGUGGAAGCUCUGUAGAUAUGAAACAUAUGGGGAAGCUCCUUUUUAGUUUGUUUAUUUAGGUGGAUGUAAGCAAAGCUGUCUCUUGAUACGUCUCUCUCACUGAAUGAGUUGUCUGUUGCAAUGCAGUCCAUGGUUUGCUUCAGCCUACAAUGUGAUGUUGUUGUAUCUAUUUCUCUGUGAAAUUAUGUGUUAUAAUUUUAAUUUUUUUCAAACUGUUGUACUCUUUCACUAAUGAGUUUCUACAGAUGUUUAUGCUCA